CCUCUUGCUUUCCAAAGCAAAAGAAGAUUCAACUAUUACUCCUCCCCCUCCCCCUCCUAUGCUCAAUAUUAUUCAUCCAUCCUCCACUUGAUUUCAUCCAAGUUUCAUCAACCAAUUCAUUUACUUUUUCUAGAUUCAAACAUGAAGAGGGAUCGAGAGCGUAAGAAAGAAGCAAAGGCUUCCAUCUCCUCGUCUUCAUUGGCGUCAGGGAAGGGUAAAGAUUUGCAUCAGCCCUUGCCCGAUUCAGGAGGAAUGGACGAGCUCUUGGAGGUUUUGGGAUACAAGGUUAGGUCCACGGACAUGGCGGAUGUAGCGCAGAAGCUUGAGCAGCUUGAAAUGGUGAUGGGUGAAGAUGGGAUUUUUCAACUCUCUGAUACUGUUCAUUACAACCCUUCUGAUCUUUCCGGCUGGGUCCAGAGUAUGCUUUCCGAGCUCAACAAUAACGCUUCUGAUCUUUCACCUUCCACCAAUUUCGAUAUCGUUCUUCCCGGCGAAUCCUCCUCCACCACCAUGAUUGAUUUCUCCAACAACAAAGAAAUUGAUGGCCAACAACAGGGGAGUAAAUUGUAUGACGAUGAUCCGUAUGAUUUGCGUGCGAUUGCCGGUGGGGCUAUUUACGGAACCACCACCGACGAGUCUCCGGUGCCUAGAAACGGAAUUAAGCGGAUCAAAUCUGCCGUAGCUGGAUCUGAAGCUGUUGCUGCGCCGCCAGAAUCGCCGCGGCCGGUGGUGCUCGUCGAUUCUCAGGAGGCUGGUAUUAGAUUGGUCCACACCUUGAUGGCCUGCGCAGAGGCGGUGCAGCAGGACAACAUGAAACUAGCCGACGCUCUCGUCAAACACGUGGGUCUCCUCGCGGCAUCGCAGGCCGGCGCGAUGGGGAAAGUCGCCACUUAUUUCGCCGGAGCUCUGGCUCAGAGAAUCUAUAAGAUCUACCCCCAAGAUGGCCUUGAAACUUCCUGUUGGGAAAUUCUACAGAUGCAUUUCUAUGAAAGCUGCCCUUACCUCAAAUUCGCACACUUCACCGCGAAUCAAGCCAUCCUCGAAGCAUUUGCCGGAGCAACCCGCGUUCAUGUCAUCGAUUUCAGCUUGAAUCAAGGGAUGCAGUGGCCUGCUCUUAUGCAGGCGUUGGCAUUGCGUACCGACGGUCCACCGGCUUUCCGUCUAACAGGAAUUGGGCCACCGCAACCGGACAACACCGAUGCUUUACAGCAAGUAGGAUGGAAAUUAGCCCAAUUAGCCGAUACGAUCGGUGUCGAAUUCGAAUUUCGUGGGUUUGUUGCGAAUUCGUUAGCCGACAUCGACGCCGCAAUGCUUGAUAUCCGACCGAGCGAGGUGGAAGUGGUUGCGGUGAACUCCGUUUUCGAGCUCCACCGCCUCUUGGCUCGUCCGGGCGCCGUGGAGAAGGUGCUGAAUUCGAUCAAUGCCAUGAAACCCAAGAUAGUGACGCUGGUGGAACAAGAAUCUAACCAUAACGGCGCCGUUUUCUUAGACAGGUUCAACGAGGCUUUACAUUACUACUCCACCAUGUUCGACUCGCUGGAGAGCUCGGCGUUGACUCAACCCACCAGCCAGGAUUUGGUGAUGUCGGAGGUGUAUUUAGGGCGGCAGAUAUGUAACGUGGUGGCGUGCGAAGGUACGGACCGAGUGGAACGCCAUGAGACACUGAGUCAGUGGCGGACUCGGAUGAACUCAGCCGGGUUCGAUCCGGUUCACCUGGGGUCCAAUGCUUUUAAACAAGCAAGCAUGCUGUUGGCGUUGUUCGCCGGCGGCGAUGGGUACAGAGUGGAAGAAAACGACGGGUGCUUGAUGCUGGGGUGGCACACACGGCCACUGAUUGCCACCUCGGCUUGGAAACCAGGGGGUAUGGAGACAUGAACGAGUCAACCCCGGGGUGAACUCAGUGAGUUUAGGCGGUGGGAUGGGAUGGGGACGGGGGGACAAGGAUAGAGAGAGAAAGACCCAUAUGAGUCAAAUCAAGUCUUUUUCAUAAUUUACAUUUCAAACACCCAAGUCAGCUUUUUUACCUUUUUCCCACUACUUUUUUAGUGGUUGGAUUUCUAUUUUAUUUUUAUUUAUUAAAUGGGAGUCGUAUGUACUUGUUUUAGUUUUGAAGGGCCGUGGCCCAAAUUUAUGUUAAUAUUUUUUUUAUUUUUUUCUUUUUCUUUUCAUU